AUGUGCAACUCCUGUUGUGGCUCCGUCUGCUCUGAGCAGGGCUGUGGCCAGGAGGCCUGCUGCCAGCCCAGCUGCAUGCAGACCACCUGCUGCAGGACCACCUGCUGCCGCCCCAGCUGCUGCGUGUCCAGCUGCUGCCGCCCCAGCUGCUGCAUGUCCAGCUGCUGCAGGCCCCAGAGCUGCCAGUCUGUGUGCUGCCAGCCCACCUGCUGCCGCCCCAGCUGCUGCAUCUCCAGCUGUUGCCGCCCCACCUGCUGCAGACCCCAGUGCUGCAUCUCCAGCUGCUGCCGCCCCACCUGCUGCAGACCCCAGUGCUGCAUCUCCAGCUGCUGCCGCCCCACCUGCUGCAGGCCCCAGUGCUGCAUCUCCAGCUGCUGCCGCCCCACCUGCUGCAGGCCCCAGUGCUGCAUCUCCAGCUGCUGCCGCCCCACCUGCUGCAGACCCACCUGCUGCAGACCCCAGUGCUGCAUCUCCAGCUGCUGCCGCCCCACCUGCUGCAGACCCCAGUGCUGCAUCUCCAGCUGCUGCCGCCCCACCUGCUGCAGACCCCAGUGCUGCAUCUCCAGCUGCUGCCGCCCCACCUGCUCUAGCUGUUCUUGCUGCUGA